AUGCCAAACAAUUGUCCGAACGAGAUGCCAUAUCUCGAUGAAACCAAGCCAGCUCAACAAUUCUCGGGCACCGAGUUGAGUCAAUCGGAGCUAGCAAUUUGCUACAAUAUGGCGACAUGUUCCGGUGAUGGGUGCUCGUUCAUGAUUCAUGUCACUUUUCUUUGCACAAAUGCGGAGUCAAACGACAUGAUGCCAUGCAGUUUCAUUCCAAACGAGUUGCCAUUUCUUAGCGCUUUGGCCCACGAAAAACCGGAUCCACGUCACGAUUGUAUAAUAAAACCAAUCGGAGAUCUAUUCCUUCAAUAUUGCACAUGGUCUCAAACAGGAGACAAGGUUGGACUCGAAUGGGAUCAAACAUCAACAAUCGAUUCAUCUACUUUUGCUUUUAUGUUCCAUGUGAAUCAGUGGAUGCCUUCUAAUACCUUCUUUAUGCCAAUAACUAGCACAACUAGCAUUAAAAACUUCGAGUUCUCGCUUGGUGAAUCGAACAGAGAUGGAUGGAUUGUGAUGAGUUUCGAUCGUGGACAAUUGAAUUAUCUUGCAGUAAAAUCGACGAAAAACGAUCCGAAAUGCGCCUACGAUCUCCGACUCUUCAACCCACCCGGAAUCAAGAACAGCAUCCCCGACGAGUUUCACUUACUCACAAUCAACGAGACCGAGCCAUACGUCGAGCAGUUCCUCGAAAAUGCUCAAUACAGUCUCCGAAUCCCGGCUGGCUGCUCACCAACUAUUCGGCUAAGUCAAGACGAGCGAGGAAAAGGCGGCUGGUAUGAGGAGGCUCAAGGACUUUGCGAGGGCACGGCUCUUGUCACCACACCCGGCUACUUCGAUCCGUUCAACGUGUUCCCUGAUGGGUACUUCUUGUCGCGAACGAUAUACUGCCUGAGUUUCCUCUCGAGCUAUGCACUCGAUGUGCAACGGGUUACCGACCAGAAUGUCUCGGUGACGCUCUUCGAUCGACAACUUGAUCCCAUCCUAGAUUUUACGAUCCCGGCUCAAACUUCCUACAAGAGCUAUCCGAUUUUUGAAAAUGUUGGCGCCAUUAAGUUCCACUGGCCUCCCAACGCGGCCACACCCAACUCGGGCAUGGCGGCCCGACACAGACGAAGGAGCUUCUUCUGUUUGGAAGUUUCAAAAGGAAUCAUAGUGACAUUGCAACUGCUCUUGAUCGACAUUUCCGGAGCAUGUCGCCAUAUUGUAGCAAAUUGC